AUGUGUACCAUCUAUAGAAAUAAGGGGACGACAGUGGGGAAAACCCUUAAUGGAUGGUCCGAAAGCCCAAAAAAUUCGCUUAAACAUCACUCUGGUAGGAUCCAUUGCCGGUUGGACUUCCCAUUGCACCACUUCUCCGACUCAAUUCACAACCGAUUGCUUGGUUUUAUAGCUACCUAUCGUUUUUUCCAUUACCCUGAUAGUUCGCGGCUUCGACUUAGUCAGAUACUUAUAUUGCCUCCGUAUCAACAUAAAGGUUAUGGACGACAUCUUGUAGAGCUACUCAACCAUGUCGCGAUGUCGGAGGAUGUCUAUGACUUGACAGUUGAAGAACCAGUGGAUUCCUUGCAACAUGUUCGGUAUUACAUAGAUGUACCCCGUCUUCUUACCUGCAGUUCUGUGCAACGUGCUGUUGAAACUGCAGCAACACACCUAAAAGAAGCGAAUUUGUCAAAAAGAACGCAGGCUUGUCAGCUCCUUCCACCAUUAGCAGCGGUUGAAGAAGCGAGGAAGAGCUUGAAAAUUAACAAGAAACAUUUAAUAAAGUGCUGGGAGAUUCUUGUGUAUCUUGCCUUGGAUCCCAUCGACAAGUACAUGGAAAACUACAGAAUCUUCAUCACAGAUCAAGUGAAGAUCAGCGUAAUUGGGAAAGACUCGGGGACUAAUGGAAAACAGGUAAUCGAAACACCUAAUGAAUUUGGAGAAGCUUUUGUUUUGUACGAGCCUCAAGACGAAAAAGAUGGCCAGAUUGAGGUAGAUGUUGAUGAGGAUCAAAAGAAACAGCAAGAGGAACAGCUACUGCAAAUAGUCGAUGAAAGGCUAAAGGAGAUCCAAUUGGUGGCUCAAAAGGUUUCGGCUACCCAUUCAAAUAGCUAAACUCGAUCUAUU